GCAACGGCCGCGGGCGGCGCUGCGGUGGCAAUGGCGGCGCCCCCUGCACCAGCCACCGAGGGGUCCCCGCAACCGGAGCCGCACGUCCGGGAGCCCGGCCCGGGGAGCGCCAGGCGAGGGCGAGAGGACAGCAGAGCCAGUCGCCUCUCAUUCUGUACGAAGGUGUGCUAUGGCAUUGGUGGGGUCCCCAACCAGAUAGCCUCUAGCGCCACAGCCUUUUACCUGCAGCUCUUCCUGCUUGAUAUAGCACAGAUCCCUGCCGCCCAGGUGUCACUUGUUCUGUUUGGGGGAAAAGUGUCUGGGGCAGCUGCUGACCCUGUGGCUGGGUUCUUCAUCAACAGGAGCCAGAGGACGGGGUCUGGACGGCUCAUGCCUUGGGUGCUGGGCUGCACCCCCUUCAUCGCCCUGGCCUACUUCUUCCUGUGGUUCCUGCCCCCCUUCACCAGCCUGCGAGGCCUCUGGUACACCACCUUCUACUGCCUGUUCCAGGGCCUGGCCACGUUCUUCCAGGUACCCUACACAGCGCUCACCAUGCUGCUGACCCCCUGCCCAAGGGAGCGCGACUCGGCCACUGCCUACCGGAUGACUGUGGAGAUGGCAGGAACACUGAUGGGGGCCACUGUCCAUGGGCUCAUCGUGUCUGGCGCCCACAAACACCACAGGUGCGAGGCCACUGUGACCCCGGGGCCAGUCACCGUCUCCCCCAAUGCGGCCCGUCUCUACUACAUUGCGGCCGCCGUGGUUGCGGUGACUUACCCCGUGUGCAGCAGUUUACUGUGCCUAGGGGUGAAGGAGCGGCCAGACCCCUCCACCCCAGCCUCAGGCCCAGGCUUGAGUUUCCUGGCUGGGCUGGGCCUCACUACCCGGCACCCGCCCUACCUGAAGCUGGUGAUCUCCUUCCUGUUCAUCUCUGCUGCUGUUCAGGUGGAGCAGAGCUACCUGGUCCUGUUCUGUACACAUGCCUCCCAGCUACACGACCACGUCCAGGGCCUGGUGCUAACCGUCCUGGUCUCAGCCGUGCUGAGCACCCCGCUGUGGGAGUGGGUUCUCCAGCGCUUUGGGAAGAAGAUGUCAGCCUUCGGGAUCUCUGCGAUGGUGCCCUUUGCGAUCUUGCUGGCUGCUGUGCCCACAGCACCUGUGGCUUAUGUCGUGGCCUUUGUAUCUGGCGUGAGCAUUGCUGUGUCCUUGCUGCUACCCUGGUCCAUGCUGCCAGACGUGGUGGAUGACUUUCAGCUGCAGCACCAUCACGGGCCAGGCCUGGAGACCAUCUUCUACUCCUCCUACGUCUUCUUCACCAAGCUGUCUGGUGCAUGUGCCCUGGGCAUCUCCACCCUCAGUCUGGAGUUCUCGGGGUACAAGGCAGGGGCCUGCAAGCAGGCAGAGGAGGUAGUGGUCACCCUCAAGGUCCUCAUCGGUGCCGUGCCCACUUGCAUGAUCCUUGCUGGGCUCUGCAUCCUCAUGGUCGGCUCCACUCCAAAGACGCCCAGUCAGGACGCCUCCAGCCGGCUGAGCCUUCGGAGGUAA